UUCGAGUUGUAACGCUUGGGGGAGGGGGCUCAAUGGCUUCCUGUAUGUUUUACUUAUUUGAGUAAGACACUGAUCCCAGACAAGGUAAGUAACAUACAUCCAAGUUUAUUACCAUAGACAUUACACACGUAGACGCCUCAAAGCCUGACGCUGCCUACUGGAGCUCACGUAUCAGCGCGGCCGCCGUCUUGGAUGGGUCCCUUAUGCGCCUCCAGAGCAUUAAGAUAGGUACGAAUGCUCAACUAAAUUAAUAAAAACUCUACGAAUCUCUGCCCGAUUUUCACGCUCUUUGGUUUGCUACAAACGACAGGGAUGUAGCCAUAACACAGGACAAUAAUUAAACAUAAAAAAAUAAAACAAGUUAUUUUUCAAUUCUAUUUGUGAAAUUUAACACUACGUGGUCUGGUUUCAAUGCUGCGUCGGGUUUUUCAACUAUAAAGUGCAAAAAAAAAAACAUAGUUGUUAUUUUUCCAUUAAACCCGUUUAGGUCUAUAGCGAACCUGGAGUGGGGAGACCCAUCCAAUAUGGCGUUGACGUUGGAUUACGCUCCAGCACGUAAUAUGGCGUCUACGUAUAUAAUGUAUAUGGUUUAUUACAAGCAGCGAGGGAACAGAACUGACCCCAGAACAGCUGCCGAGAACCGAGAAGGUCUGUUAAGGACGUGAAGCUUGACUACCGCACAUGCUAGUGUUAAAACAGCUCAAUUCAAGACAGACUUUCAUUGUAACCAAUCAGAUCCGUCCUGGAGCAUUGACUGACCAAUCAGUUAUGCUUUCAAACCCAAUGAGGCGGGAUUUCCGAGUGGGUGUGCUAGAGUUAGAAGGGAAGAGUAGGUCAAACGCGCUGCAGGGAGUUUGAAAAACGUGUGUUCGUCUUCGGGAGAGUCUCUGAUAAACCAGAUUUUGUUGGAAUUACAGCAGACGAAAAUUAUCCGCAGACAGCUCGUCAGUUCGGGCUUUGACGAAGUAACAGGCGCAGUGUUGUUGGGCAGGAGUUUGUCCGUGAGAUGACGUUAGCUAACAGUCAAUGCUAACGGUGAUUGUCUCGUGCUCCUUUAUAGUUACGUCGUUGUAACAAACGGUGUAAAUAAAACCAUAGCUUUAAAGUAAGGCAUGGUGCAUCCACGCAGACCUCUAACUUUGCUCGCUAGCUCGUGAACUUCGUGGGCCAGUGUUGAGUCUUCUUCGGGGACUUGUCGCGGUCACAGCUGUCAUGUUUCACUCUGUCCCCAGACGUCCGAUUUGUGAGAUCAGUGUCACUACAAUGAGGCUUCAAGGUGGCCGACCAUUCAGGCGAACUUUCGAAGAGGGAAAGGGAAGGCUCGAGAAGGUCCCGUUGCUGGGCAGAAGUAUGGGCCUGCUCCUGUCGUGGAUCCAGAGGGCAGGUGUGGGUGCCAGUGAGGCCGCAGGAUCCGGCCCUAAGAGGAAGGGCUUGCUCUCCAUAUUCGCGGACCACUGCGGCUUCGUGACGGGACAGAGGCUCCGGCGUGCCUGCCAGAUCGGAGAGCUCUACUCCAACCUGUACUCCGAGCGAACCAGGUGGAGUCUGGUCGGAAACAUAUGGCGCAGGUUUCAGAGUAAGCACGCGUCCAACGGGAGGCUGCUCGCGGCCCUGGCAGGUGUCUUCAUGUGGGAGAACGAGAAGAUCAAAGAUGAGGAAAUCCACAGGUUUGACAUGUGAACUUAUGGAUCAAAUCAUGCUUAGACUGUGUAACUGCAGGUGAAAACAAGUGCAUCCAUGUAGAACACAAUGAGGAUCACAGAAGGGCUUUAGCAUGGAAAAUAAUAAUAAUAACUUUAUUUUGAUAGCUCUUUUAAUAACAGAAAUUUACAGAGAAUCAGAAUGUCUUUAUUGUCCCGUAAAGGGAAAUUAGUUUUGCAGCAGGGCUCACAAAAGACAAGUACGCAAUGACAAAAUAAAUGUAAAAAACAUAGAACAAUUGUAAAAACAUAACACAAUAUCAGAAACACAUACACAAAACCACCUAAAAUUCAGUCCAGAGCUCAUUCCAAAAAUGGAGAAAAACUACUACCAAAUAAGUAAAAGUGCAAUGUGUGCAAUAAUAGUGCAAGACAACAUGAGCAGCCUGAGGGUCAACUGCUAUUCGAUAAAUAAAUUGCACAUAAAAGAGACCUGAAAUCUUUUAGCCCUCCUCAUAGGGGCCCUAAAACAACGGCGUGAAGGUAAAAGCUCAAACUCGCAUCUAAGUGGAUGAUUGGGACAACCCAGAAUGGCAUUAGCCUUCCUCAAGACCUGUCUGUUGUGCUUUCACAAAUAGUCGUAAAGCACUGAACACCACCAAAUGGAAGUAAAAACAACUAAAAACCAAACGCUCAGUUAAAAACAAGGCCUCCGAAUUGAAGGCCGAUUUCAUUUGUCAUAAGAAACGCAGACAAUACAAGAACCAUACAACUUAAAAUGAGACCAUGAGGACCAAAAUAAUGGAGAAAGCUCUAUCUGAGCCCCCUUUACCCUUUUGUCAUCAUAUUAAUGAGAUCACAACUUAGUGAAACAUGUAGAUUUUAGAUCAACCGUCUCAUCUCCCUUAUCAGUCCUUCAAUAAAUCAUGAUCUUGGACUAUGUUAGUGAGCCCUUUAGAUAAUUGUGUUAUUCCUCUUAUGUAAUUAGAGUGACCUUUAGAAAGUGCUGGUGACUCUGCACCUGAAACUUUGACUCUUAAUCAUCCAUCUGUAUAUUUCAUUUUAAUACUUUAUUUCAUUCAGUUAAUAUUUAAAACAUUCAGUACAAACAAGGAAAAAUCUCAAACGUGAAUGAAAAGGAGCAGAAAGAAGAAAACUCUUACAGAGUCUGCCCUUCUUUCAUAAUAUAUUAAUCAACUAAACAAGAGCUGCAGGCCAGCAUGCCUUACAGUUCACUGUUUCGUAUGUUCAAAAACAACCCACAAAACGAACAGAAAAGACCACAUUAAUUCACAUUUUUUCACAAAACAAACAUACCAAGACUUAGAUGAACAUAUUUCCCCGUAUUUACUCAACAUACUGGCUUUGACACUUUUUUGAAGAUAAAAUUUGAUUUAGCUUCCUUAGUUUCUUUAAUCAGAUUGUUCCACAAACGUAUUCCUCUCACUGUAACACAGCGCUCUUUCAGUUUAGCUCUGAAUUUUGGCUUUUUAAAUAUUUCAAAUCCUUUUAAAUUAUAACAACUUUCUCUUUUUUCCAAAUCGGCUCUGGAUGUUGACUGGUAACAUUUUCCUGUGAGCUUUAUACAUAAUCUGCAACAUACUGAAAUCUACUAACUCACUGAAUUUCAACAGCUGCAAUUUAACAAAUAAUGGGUUUGAUGGAUCUCUCUAUUGACCUCUACUAAUAAUUCGUAUUGCUCUUUUUUGUAAAAUUGUGCAAUUAACAUUUUGUGUUUUUGUUUUUGUGAUCUCAAUGUCAACAAUAACCUGUCCUGUUAUUUGUGUCUCUUCUAAAGGUGUGGACUUGAGCUGCAGGCCCUGGAGGCUGCAAAAAACUUAAACACAGCUUCAGGGAAAGCAGCAGGACAACAAGAACCUGGCUGGGAAGUUGUGAUGGAGAGGAAGGACUUCAAAGUGUGGAAACGGCCGAUUCCCAACAGUCAUCUUUAUGAAUACAGAGGUCAGGCAACUCUUCACCUCAUGCCAGUUACUUGUGUUACAGUGUCUCUUAACUGCAGAUAGAAGACAUUCAGCUUUUGAGUGUAACGUUUCUUUGUUGGUGGUUAUUUUGAUUUGUCUAAAAAGUCAGCAGCAUUAUUCUUCUUCUGUUUGAAUUUCAGUGUUGGGCUCCUACAACGAUGUCACCCCAAGACAGUUUUUUAAUGUGCAGGUACACAUUUUUCAAAUCCUCUUAUUUGCUGCAAAAAUGUUUAUCCUAGUGACAUUUUAAAGUUCAAUGAGAAAACAUAACCAUAAAAAAUGUUAUAACUUAAAUACUGUUGAUUACAAUCAUGAAACGGAUUAAACUGAUAGUUUAAGUAAUUUGGUUGAAGGUUGAAUAACAAAGUAGAAGAGCUUUUAUUAUGGAUCAGUCCCACAAAGUUUUUUAAGGCCGUUUGUCUUGCAGCUACUCUUUCGCAACCCAACACGUUUGUACUGCAUGUGCGCAGCACAAAAGCACCACAAAUACUUACUCCCUGUGCUAUAUUAAGCACCUUACCCUUGACUUAUACUCUCUCCUUUCCCCCAGUUGGACACAGAGUACAGGAAAAAGUGGGAUUCUCUGGUUAUCAAGCUUGAAGUGGUGGACAGAGAUGUCAAUACAGGCUCUGAGGUCGUUUACUGGGCUACACACUUCCCUGUGAGUUUCUUGCUUUGUUAUUAUGCCUGAAGGGUGGGGGUAUUUGUUUUAAACAAUGUCUGUACAUAGGUCAAUUCUACUUUUUUCUUUUGUUGCUCAAGCAUUCUCAAGUGCAAUUAAAGCAAAUGCCGGCUAAGUUGUUGUGUAUUAAUAGAUUUUAUAAAGAGACUGUCAACUGUUUAAUCUUGUUUAAUCUCUUCACAGUAUCCCAUGUACUCCAGGGACUAUGUGUAUGUGCGUCGCUAUGAUGUCGAUGUGGACAACAACCUGAUGGUCCUGGUAUCCAGGUAGACCUCUAAAGAAAUACCUAUGUGGUGGAUUAUUGUCAACUGUAAUGGUUUUAUUAGUGAACAGUGUCAAUCCAACGAAAAAAGAAAAAGGGAAGCGGUUGAAACUGCUGAUUUAUUUUCAGUCAUGAAACUAAAGUAAAUCCUGUGACUCAAGUGUCAUUUUCCAAUUCGGUGGCAUUUGGAUGUACCAGUACAACUUAUCUCUUAUGCUGUUUAAUGCAGCAACAAUUGCUCCACAUAGCAAUCCUACAAAAAUCACAUAAUUUUAUUUUUAAUAAGAGAACUGGUAUUAGCCCUUCUCAUCUAAUACUGAAUAUUUAAAAAAAACAAAAAUCGUUGGAUUAUGUUUUUCUAUCUAUCUAUCUAUCUAUCUGUCUAUCUAUGUCUGUUUGUAAGUGACUUGAUUCAUAACUUUUCUCAUAUUUUCAUUGUUUAGAGCUGUUCAUCACCCCAGAGUCCCAGAGAGUCAAGAGUUUGUGAGAGUCCAUUCAUACCAGUCAAAGAUGGUCAUCCGCCCUCAUAAGUCCUUUGAUGAGGUUUGUGAUCAGUGUUUUGCUUCACAAAUGAAUUUACCCUGUACCCACGGUCCUGUGUUUUCAGCAUCUAAGUCAUCACCUGGACUAUUUUCUUUCGUAGAAUGGAUUUGAUUAUCUGCUGACCUACAGUGACAACCCUCAAACUGUCUUCCCCCGAUACUGUGUGAGCUGGAUGGUGUCAAGCGGUGAGCUCUAUUUCACUGGUUAGGACAUCCAAUAACAAUAAAAUUAGAAAUGAAUGUCUUUAAGAGCAUAUUUCAUCAGCUAUGUACUACUUUUUAUUCAACAAAGAGCCAUAAAAAUGUAUUUAAUUUUCAAUAACAUUAGGCAACUGAUCUCAACACCUUGGGCGGCUGUAAGUGUUACUGAUUUGUGCCUCUUGUUUGAUGUGCAUCUCUGUACCUUGUGAUUGUUCCCUUUCUCUCAUGUAUUUGCUGUGUAUUCUACCUCUUGAGUGACUUGGUUCUCCCAUUGCUCCUUGCAGGUAUGCCUGAUUUUCUGGAAAAGCUGCACACUGCUGCCUUGAGGGCCAAGAACCUAGAAGUGGGGAUCCAUGACUACGCAGGAGUCAUUAAAUCCAGCGACACCAACCGCCAGGCUAGCCAGGAUCGACUGAGUGGAGAAACCCCACACACAGGCAGUUCUGGACAGAUCUACGCUUGAGAUUUCUGUGUCACACUCGAAGGGUUGUGUUGGUGUGUUUUCACUUGCAAAUGAACCCGAAUUAAACCCUCCAACCUGAUUGUUUCGGGUACUGUGAAUUGCAAAGGGAAUCUGCAACACAGGUGAAAGACUGUGUCCAUCCAAAGACAUGGUUAUUAAUUUUUUUUCCAUAGAUAACAUGUCACAAGAAUUUUGAACUGUGUCUGUAACAGCGUAACGGCCAUGGGGAGAAAAUGUUGCCACUGAAAUUUUCACCCAGACUGCUGGCAUUAGCAUUGAUUUGCUGAGCCAAACACUGCCUCACGGCCUUUUUGCCUCCUAUGGUUAUGGUGUAUGUUGUACGGUAAUUGGUUAAGAUGGAGCCAAAAUUCCUCAUUGUUUCCAUGGUUUUGCCAAAGCACUGUUUUCUGUUGUUUUAAUGCUCAAUAUCUGUUCUUCCAUUGCUCAGCAAAGCUUGGCUUUUGAACCUGUUCACAGCCACAUCACUGAAUUGGUGUUUGUGGUGGGAUUCCAGCAAGAUGUGAUGCUAAUUGUUUCACUGUACGGGACAUUAAAAUGGUUACUGCAACUGUCUACAAGCCAAGGUUGAGACUAAGACAGAAGAACUACAGACAAGAUCUCUGCACUGAAGAAGGACUGAGGCCAAACUGAGGCUUUCUAACCAGUUUCUCCAUUUCAUAGACUCAAACAAACUGCUUUCCCGUUUGCUUGCAGCCUGAAGGACUGAUCUUGACUUAUCUGGACCAGGUGGAUUAAAAAAAAAAAAAAAAAAAACUCAAACAUUAUGAUGCCAUUAUUGGAAAUUUUGUUCAAAGGAUUGAAAUUGAAACUUAGGGCUUCUCUCUGUGUUUUGAGCAUGCCGUUGUGUCGCUGUUAACGCAGUUGAAGUUGAAGUAUCGCCGUCAGUCUUGCCAUGUUUGUUGGAAACUGCUGAAGUUGACUAAACAGCCUUCUGAUGAUAAACCAGUCCUUCAGCAUUAGGGCAUAGUGUCUUAUAACAACAACGGAAAUCCUCAGAUUGAAUGGUACUAAUGCGCUUCACUACAGCUGUUCCAGAAAGAAAAUAUGUCUUUGAUAAGAAGCCAAUGCCCCCUUAAAGAAAAACAGCACUUGUGCCACACCCUGAUCCAUUAACAUUUCAUAACAGCAAAAAAAUGAACAGCCCCAUUCUCAUCUUGGUGCUCACAACCAGUGUAGCAAACAUCACUCAAGUGUACACUAUUGGAGGAGUGGGUGUUUGUGUUACUGUAGAUCUUGUACAUUUGUGAAACCAUCGCCUGAGAACUGGAAACCCCUGUUUGUAUGAGCACACAAGCUUCUCCAUUAUGGUGAUUCCCCUGUUUUUGUUAAUGACGUGGGUUCUACUGAAAUUCCAUGCUUCGUCCUCCCAAAUAAAUCACUCACGUUGCUUUUGCAAUGAACAGUUUUCAGGGGGUGUUCUGAAUGUACAAACAGCGCCAUGUGCUGCGGAAUAAAGUACACUGUUUACAGCCUGACAAUCUGGCACAACCAUCUUGAAAAUCUGUGUUUAAAAGAAACAUCUCACGUACUAAAAUUUGAUGUUGUCAUAGGUGGUACAUGGGUGAAGGAGCAGCUGCGUCUCUAUGAGAUACAUUUUUGUCAGGAUUUCUUGUGUGUUUGAGUAUUAAUAUAUAUAAAGAUAAAUAUCCACACUAUCUGUAAUCUGUUGUGUAUUUGACAAAGAGAACGCCCAUAUGAGAUCUACAAGGUGUGUUGAAAGUGUGAAGAAGGAAAUAAAUGUUUGUUUUUUUUAAUCUUGUGAGACUGUGAAACUAAAAUAUAACUCGCACAUUAUGCAAUGUUUGCUGAUGUUGAAUUUGGGAAUGCAUCAUGUCAAUGCUCUGCCAUACGUGUGCCAUCUGCACUCAUCUGAAAGAGUCACCGCAUUUUUUUGUCCCCUCUGCAGGCAGUAUAACAUUUGUCGUGAUUAGCUACCACACGUAAUUUUGUUUUUCUAGCAGAGGAAUUACUGUGUAAACAUGAGCUGGUGCACUUGUGAUUAAUUUAAAUGAAAGUGUGACUAAUCAGAUCAAAUAAAACAGCUUUGUGUGUGGAA